AUGAAGCUGAUCUUUGCAUUAAUAUCACUUCAAACCGUUGUCACUUAUCCUUUAUGCACGACGAACACUCAAUGCCAACCUGGCUUUGAAUGCCUACCCAUUGGCAGCUUUCAUACUUGUCAACCAUGUCAUGUUCAUCAUUGUAGUUCGAGUGAUAGCUGCCAAACGAAUCUUGAUUGUCCUGCAAACUAUCAAUGUGCGAUCAUGGAUGAAACGGGACGGAAAGCGUGCUUGGAAAUGGCGCCUCCACUUCCAAUCUCGAUCCCCCGACCACUCUCCUGUCGAAGAGAUUCCGACUGUCCGUUUGGAUCAUUGUGUCAAAUGGAUCUCUCUGGGGUUUCACAGUGUCAAAUUCCCAUUGUGUCAAAUGGUUGUGUUUACAAUACAGAUUGUCGAGGGAAUCAAGUGUGCGUUCAAAAUGAUAAUGGAUUGCGGAGAUGCUUGGAAGCCCCAAUUGUUCAGUCUCCGCCUUGCUCUAUGAGUCAAUGGUGUGAAUCAGGAUAUUUAUGUCAAGUCAACGAAAAACCUAUGUGCAUCACGGCGAACUGUGUCUCAACGAGUGAUUGUCCAAUUGGAAAAUCCUGUGUUCAGGGAUUUAAUCAAAAGACUUGCAUGGAUAAUAUCAGUGAGCCACAGAGAGAACAUCACAAUGGAUGUCGUGUUGAUUCACAAUGCAAAUCGGGUUUCUCUUGUACAGUCAAUGGACAAAGGCUAUGUACUGAGAAUCCCCCAGGUAUUCAACGAGGCGAUGGUGGUGUAAGAUUUGGACGAUGGUGGUCUCCGUGCACCCGACGAUCGGAUUGUGUCUCGGAUCUCUCUUGCUACACGACGCUCAAAAAUCGGAAACUUUGCGCUGCAGUUUCUUGUGAGAAUUAC